GAGACAUAAUUCACGGAGGAAGAAAACGAGAGAAUGAACAAAGGAACACCAGGACACCUCACCACUAUGCUGGGCCACUUCAGACGCGUCACCAGAGCCUGUGGAGCCUUCAGGAGCAAGAUAAAUGUGGCUGUCGCUCCCGCAACCUCCCUCAGAUUCUUAGGCACCUCCAGUCGCUUCCAGACACCAAAUGCGACUGACGUAAGUGAGGACUCCCCUGAACGCUGGCCACUGUACCUUGAUGCUCAGGCCACCACGCCCCUGGAUCCCCGAGUGCUGGAUGCCAUGCUGCCCUACCUCACCCACCAAUAUGGCAACCCACAUUCCCGCACCCACAGCUAUGGGUGGGAGAGUGAGCGUGCUGUGGAGACCGCCAGGCAGCAAGUUGCAGACCUGAUCGGGGCAGACAAGAAGGAAAUCAUCUUCACGUCGGGUGCCACAGAGAGCAACAACAUCAGUGUGAAGGGCGUGGCGAGGUUCUACAAGUCAAAGAAGAGACACGUCAUCACCACGCAGACAGAGCACAAGUGUGUCCUGGAUUCGUGCCGUGCCCUGGAGAAUGAGGGGUGGGAGGUGACGUACUUGCCGGUGCAGAAGUCAGGCCGCAUCUCAGUGGAGGAACUGGAGAAGUCGCUGCGUCCUGACACGGCUCUUGUCUCAGUCAUGACAGUCAAUAAUGAGAUUGGAGUCAUUCAGCCCAUUAAAGAAAUUGGAGCAAUCUGCCGAGCCCACAAGGUCUUCUUCCACACUGAUGCAGCGCAGGCAGUCGGGAAGAUACCUGUUAACGUCCAUGACCUCAAUGUUGACCUCAUGUCCAUCAGCGGUCACAAGAUCUAUGGGCCUAAGGGUAUUGGCUGUCUGUACGUGCGUCGCCGCCCCAGAGUGCGUGUGGAGGCUCUGAUGAGUGGCGGAGGGCAGGAACGAGGCAUGAGAUCAGGCACAGUCCCUACUCCCCUGGUGGUGGGUCUUGGGGCAGCCUGCAACAUCGCCCAGCAGGAGAUGGAGUAUGACCAUGCCUGGGUGUCUAAGCUGUCCAAUAUGCUGGUGGACUCUAUCACAUCCCGUACCUCUCAUAUCAUAAGGAACGGUGACCCAGAGCACUCAUAUCCUGGUUGUGUGAAUCUCUCCUUUGCUUAUGUGGAGGGUGAAAGCUUGCUGAUGGCCCUGAAGGAUGUGGCUCUUUCAUCUGGGUCAGCCUGCACCAGCGCAUCCCUUGAGCCCUCCUACGUUCUUAGAGCAAUAGGCGCUGAGGAGGACCUGGCCCACUCUUCCAUCAGGUUUGGGCUGGGAAGGUUCACCACAGUGGAUGAGGUGAAAUACACGGCUGACAAGUGUGUGCAGCAUGUCAACAGGCUGAGAGAGAUGAGUCCACUUUGGGAGAUGGUGCAGGAAGGCAUUGAUCUGAAGAGCAUCCAGUGGUCCCAGCACUGAGACAAGGUGGUGGCUGUGAGUGAAGAAAAGAACUCAAAGAGAACUCAGGAUAUAUCCUAAGCCCCACUGGAAGGGGAAUGAAGAUUUUCGACAAGCUGCACAUCAGUGACAGCUACAAGAGCACUGUGUAGUUCUGAGGGAGGAGGGUAUAUAUAGCAAGGGCUUCAGCAGGCACUACUCAAAUAAUGCCUGUCUCCAAGGAAUAGCUGACAUACUAGCACAAGAAUAAGAUAAGGUCUCUCUCUCUCUCUCUCUCUCUCUCUCUCUCUCUCUCUCUCUCUCUCAGCCCACAGACCCACGGUAUGUCCUCCCACAGUAUGUUUAUGAACCACAGUCACCCACCACAGCCCCUCACAUAAAAAAUCCAUUCACAUUUGCCUUAACUUCAUAAAUCACCAUUCCAUUUUAGCUUAUAAGCACAAAAACCCCUCUAAUUUCACCUGCAAUUCCAUAAAUCACCAACAUAAGGUUACACACACACACACACACACACACACACACACACACACACACACACACACAGUCAAAUGCCACCCACCUCAGCCUGGGUGAUGAAGUGGACAGGCAGAAGCUUGGCAUCAUGAGUCAUAAGGGGGAGAAACACAACCUGGGACUCCCCCGCAUCCAGAAUGGCCCCUGCAAGUAGUGGUGAUGAGGCUGCAUCUGGGUGAUGGCUGAACAAUAAACAUGCUUCUUGGA